AUGAUCAGCAACUAUCACUCCGCGCUUGCGGUCGCUCUUCUUCCUCUCAGUCUUGUCGAUUGCGUUUUUUCUCAGCUAGUCAAUGUUACUUUGGAUGAGACGAGCUUGCUGAUCACUUAUAGUCCUCAGAGGAGUUGGAGGAGACUCGAUGACGCGGACCCGGGGGGUGCUAUCCUCAACUACGGCGGAUAUCAUAUGGUGACGGAGGAUCCUGAGGCAUACGCGAACGUUACGUUUACCUAUGUCUCCUUUUAUUUCAUUGCUUCGCGAUAUCCUUAUAAAGUCACCACCGCUGUUACGAUUGACGGUACAACCACGGUCCUCGACCUGCAAGACCACUCUGUACCCGUACAGACAGGAAACGCCGUGAGCGCGAGCAAGGGGUGGGAUAUUAUCCAAGCGUUCCCUGGGACGAUAAGCGCCCGGCACACCCUCACGAUUGGGAUAAAUCCAGGAGACCCUUACGCAGUGCUAGACGCCCUUAUGUUUGAAGUGUCCGAGUCCGAGCCUGAUUCGAUAGCGGCAGUGAAUCCUUCUACCGCAGCGACUGUCACCAGAACGGUUACAGCAACUUCAGCGGCUUCGAGCAACGCUUCUCAGUCCGUUCGGUCAUUGACGAUUGCACUUGGCGUCGUAUCCGCAAUCCUUGUGAUCGUACUACUUUUCAUCGCCGUGUGGUGUUUUCGAUCGAGAAGGCCGAGGCGGAAUAGUGUCAAAGCUUUCGAAAGUGGAAACCAAUUCACCGCACAGAACCGUCCUGACGCCGCACACGCGAGCCUGUUGGACGCACCUGUAGACUCUUCAACGACGCUCACCGCCUCCCAUGCAAAGAUAGUACCACUCUCUUUUCCUGGCUGGCGGCAAUGGGAACCAAACAAGAAUUGGCAGGCCGAAUACACCGCGAUGCCCCAGAUCGUUGUGGAAGACAGCCUACACAUUCGGUCUCACAAUACGACGCCUUAUUCUUCCGAUGGAACGUCAACGAACACCCGGGUUCAGGCCCAGGAGCCAUCCAAUUCUUCUUCUCAUGAACCCGUGGACAAUGUGAAUAGCGGCAUCAGAGAUGUUUCGCCGUCGCCAAAGAUAAAUAUGGUCGAUCAAUCACCACAGACUGCGCCUUCGCCCUCGAUCAUACGUGUGCGUCCACUCCCGCCUGUCCCUCGGUCAGUCAUGCAAUCAUCCCCCUCUCUUUCUCAACCAUGGACGCAAGGAAGCCCGUCGGUGUAUAGCCGGGACACGAACCCAGGAGAAUAUUUCUUCGACCAGAACGACCCAUUUACAUCGGACCCAGCGGAAGAUAUUCCGCAUCAUUCACCCACAUCGCCAUCAACUAAAGGGAUCUCGACGCGAGGUACGACGCUCGACGACAUACCACCUGUGUUGCCGCCGCUUUCAUUGACUCGAAAACAUACUGCAUCUUGGGGCACGCCAAAAAGAGACUCUGGCAUUAUGACGGACAUGCUUAAAUUAUACUAG